ACACACACACACACACACACACACACACACACACACACACACACACACACACACACACACACACACACACACACACACACACACACACACACACACACACUCACUCAGCAACAGUUAUACACUUUGAACUUCAUGAGACGGGUUGAAAAGCGAGGCACUUUGAUCAGCAUUUGAAAUCUUGAGGGCGUUUCCUUCUUUUUUUUUUUCAAAGCCUGGACACGAAAGCACUUCUGGAUGGCGAGACGUUUGAAGCAGGGAUGGACACUUUGAAUAAGAGUCUGGGGAAGGUUUCAAUAGGAGUGCCAUCAAAGCCUUCUAUGUUUACAUUCAUGCCAGUGGUGCGGAAAUUACCAAUCGAAGCCAUUGUUACUGAGGAGAAGAGAUCUGGAGCUCUGACAGGAAGAGCACAUAAGAACAUCGCUGCGUCCCAUGUGGAAACAACUGCUGAGAGCAUGUCGGACGAGGAGCUUUUCAAAGCAGAGAAGGUCUUUAUCAAGGAGUGUCUGGAGGGAGGAGCAGGAAAUGUGAUCCAAACAGGGACAAAGCUUCAAUUCAAGCCAUCACCGGAUCACGCGAGCCUCUCUCACACCAAAGCCUCUCCUUCAGCCGGCGCUCGGUCUCAAAAUACGUCCAGCCACGUCACUGCCGGGACAGCCUCUAUGGAAACAGCUGUUGAUAAACACAGGGACGUUUCCCGGCGGCCGUGUCCCGAUGCUUCCAGACAUGCUGAGGUUAGCUCGGGUUUCUUUGCAAAUAGAUUGUCAGAGGACAGAGCGAGCCCCACAGACUCGGGGGACAUGUUCCCCACCCCGGCUUCAUCCAGAGAGUCCAUCCUCUCGGAGAGGAGCUGGUCCGCUGCCCAGGUUUCCUCUGUCACCUCUCCUGCCUCCUUCAGCCGCACUGCCUCUCCCUGCUCGUCUGUCCUCUCUGGCGUCUUCUCCCCCGCCGUCGUCCCGAUCAAGCGGCACUUUCUGGCGCCUGGCUCUAGUCUGAUUCACCUCCCUCAAACCUGUUUCUCAUCCUGCGAGAGCCUGUCCUCCUCCGUCUGUCCCCAGUCCCCUCCUCCCCGGCACCGGCCUCCUCUCACCCGACUCUCCCUCCUCACUGCCAUCCUGAGAAAAGGCCGUCUCCCUGUCCUGUCCGCUGCCCUGCAGAGGCCUUACACCCCCUGCUGGCCUGUCAACCCCGUGACCCUGUCCUUCUGUAACGCUUGCUCAGCAGCCUCCAGUGUGGCCUCCAUUCCCCUGGAGUUUUCCUCCCAGUUCUCCUCAUCAGCGUCUAUUGACAGCCAAAGCCACAUUCACAGGGAGCCCAACAGAUGCGUCACCGCACCUCUGUUUGCGCAGUCAAAUGAGCUCAACGCAGCAUGCUGCCAAAGUCAACCUAAAGGAUGUUUGGAGCGGAUUCGCUCAAGCAGUGCACCUCGAUGGGAGCAGGUUAUUUCACCCCCCAUGCUGCCUCGAGCUCCAGCGCCUCUGUUGUGCACCAGCUUCAAAUCUGUUCCUCCAGCGAAGCGUGAUGAAACAGACUGCGCAGCCUCUGAGAAACUGCACCACGUCUCCUGUUCCAAGUCCCCCGAGCCGAAGCCCAGCAGCGCUCACAGGCGCCUCGAGGGCGCUGCAGAUAAUAGCCUUAAAAAACUCAUCACCCCAUCCUCUAAAAUUAUCGAGGAGCAAGAGGCGCCUGAGCCCCGGAAAUGGAGUCAAAAUUCAUCCCUCUCAAAGCUACACUCGCUCUCUCAAAAGCUAAGAUCCCGGCCUCUCUGCCCUCCCCAGCUUCAGCCCUCAUGCACGCCAUCUCCUCUGCCUCCCUCACACGGCAGCACGGCAAGGUGUGAGUCCAAAGACGCCACAGCAUCACAGCCUCUGUACAACGCUCACUGUCUGUCUCCUUCCCGCUACACGCCCAUGGCUUUCCCCGGAUGGCUGUCGUCCGGCGGUUCCCCCACGCCAACGCCCUCUCCCGCUCCGCAAAUCAGAGACCUCACCCCGUCCCCUUCACUCUCCCUGCGCUCCACACCCUCCCCAAGGCCGGGGAGUGGAAUAUCAGACUGCAGUGACAGGGAGGGUAAAAAAAGAAAGACUCACAAGAUUAAGUCGAGCUACAAAUCAUUUGCUGCGAUUCCCACAAACACCCUCCUGUUGGAUCAGCAGGCCAUAGACGAGCAGGUAGAGAGAGGGGAGAGUCCGUGUGACACGACGGACGGAGGCGUUACAGCGGACAGAGGUGUCAUGGACACCCACGCUGAGAUGUGCUCCCCAGCUCAGCUCCGGCAACAAUCAGAGGAGCUCUACGCAGUAAUCGAUGAGAUUUUGGCAAAUUCCAUUCCAGAAAGCAAAACGUCCCGAUCGCUGCAGUCCUCCAGGUCAUCGACUCCCGGCCUGCAGCAGAACAACUCAUCAUCUCCAAAAUCCUUGGGCCGUGAAACCAAAUAUGCCUCUUUAUGCAGCUUGCACCCGCCUACCAGUCUGGAAAGGAACCUUAUUGAUCGUAAAAAGACGAAGCCCGGGGUUAUUCGCCCAAUGACGGCCAUUCCAAGACUGACAGUCGACGAUGAAGAAGAAUUUCACCCGAACCCCUUCAGGCAGUUUGACGUCAAGCGAACCUUCGCCGACAACAACAAGGUGGUGGCAGGAAAAGAUCUUCACACAAGUUCAAAAAGCCAAAUGUUGCGCGAGGAGAGGAAGCCUGAGAUGAGAACUCCCCUCUCAGUGUGUGACCUGCAGAUUAUAGAGCCUGAAGACCAGAUCAGCUGCCCUGUGAAAACAUCUUUCAGCCCAGCCGAGGGCCGAAUGGAAGCUUUUGAGGCUCAUAUUUAAAGCAUUAACCCCGAUCCCUCUUUAUAUAAUCAGCCAUUAUCUGCUAGGACACAGUCUAUACUAGUUGACUGCACAUCAGCUGAAUUGAGUGAAUGAGUGCAGAGCCAUACAUAUAUGGUUGACAACAAUGAUUUAAUAUGCAAGAUGGUAAAGCUUUCCAUUUGCACAGACAGAGGUAGCCAAAAGCAGGCAUUCUAGCUGGCAAGUAUAGUUUUUUUUUCUGUCUGCACUAACAACCAUCGCUGGCAGAUUUGAUCAGUUUUAGCCAGCUGGCAAAUGGAGCUAACUAACUCAGAGAGAUGGUUUAAAAUGCUGGCUGACUGUUUAGUGUUUGUAUCUGUUUUGAUUUGAAUCAAGAGCCCUGCAAAGGUCUUUAAUGUGCACUUGAUGGCUACAUACACAACACUGUGCAAGAGACUGAGGCUAAGGAGCCAAACAGACACAUGGACUCAAAAGCUGGGGCAACGACGGGACUCUCUCAAUAGGGGCUAGUGUUGCAAUCCGGCGCAGCCUGCUGGGCCGCAGAGAGCUUAAAGGUGCCAGACAACGGCACGACAGGGUAAAGAGCAGCUCACUGAAUGGAAAUGUCCUCUCACACAAUGCGAAAGUCAAUCAGGCAAGAGCCAGUGGCACUGGUUUAAUUAAAAAAAAGCACAUAGUUAUUUACUACUUUGCUCCAUUAGAAAAGUUUGAAAAUAAAAAAAUAACUAGUUCAUGCAGUGUUUGGUCUGACCAUGUCGAACAAUGAGCUGUGAUUGGACAGUUGGGAUGGGCAAUGUUCCAAGUGCAAAGAGAGAAAGUUCAGCUGUGACAUGGCUUUGAAUUUCUUUUCAACUGGAUGUACGUGUCUUACAGGUCAGUGAUAUCACAAAUAAUCAACAAGCUAUAAGAAAAUACUAUUUUAUUGAAAAUAAUUUGAGUAAAAUCUGUACUAUGUAAUAAAGGACUUCCACAUCGUCCCUUA